CGUGUGUGUAUGUUUUUGCGUGUUUGUUUUUGUGUAUGCUUGUAUGAGUGAAGUCAUUAGCAAUAGUCUCAUAUGUAGGCGUAAAGACAACGCAUUCUGGUGCAUUUUCGUCGUCUCGCUUUCUGCGAAAACCGGUUUUCAUCCAUUAUUCUGCUGACCUCAGAGUACAUCAGAAGAAUCAUCCUCGGGGAAAAUGCUAAUGACGACUCUUCUUUUGUCCAAGUCGAGGCGAAGUAGUAGGGCGACAUUCCCUAUUCAUUUACCUUCAAGGUAACACGGGCGUUCUAAAAGUAAGGGCUCGCUUCUACUGAUGUAUGUGAAUCUUUACUUCUAUACUCAGAUGAAUACAAGGGUUCAUUAUUCACAGGCUACAAGUACUAGUGAAAAUACAAUGGUUGAAUCAGUAAUCUACGGCAAGCGUAAGGUAUGUCUCUGACUUAUCAGACAGCUUGACCUAUACGCAGUGACGUAAUCCUGGGAUCGAUCUACAUACUAGUAAUUAGCCUGGUCAUGAUAGCUCCAGUGUAAUUUUUACUUCAAAUACGCAUGCGCGCCUAUCACCCCAGCCCCAACAUGGCGUACUGAGUCAUCUGUUUCGGCACAAUUUGUUUAGGACGAUCGUAUUGGAAUAGCUACAUUUGUGCCCCGUGAAUCUGAAAAAUACAACCAUAGGCCACCAACAUGGCUUUCGACUGCAUCGAAAAAGUCAUCCGUCACCUGUUUCGACAAUACGGCAGGUUCUUGGCCCGGCACCCGUUGCCGUUCCUGCUCCUGUCCAUACUGGUGGCCGGUGGGCUGGGUGCUGGGAUGUAUUUCCUGGACACAGAGUCGAGCGUGGAAGACUUGUACACACCUGACAACGGGCGGGGCAAGACGGAGCGAGCGUACGUACAGCAGCACUUCCCGACAAACGACUCCACAACCUUCCAGGCCACCCGUCUGAUCAAUUUGGGCAGAUCUGCAAGCGUGAUUAUAACAAGUAAAGGCUCUGACGGUAAUGUACUGAGUCCCACGAGCCUGGCAGCAAUCAACUCACUCAACACAGCUAUCAAGGGGAUACAAGCUGAAGUGUCCGGAAAAAACUAUGCCUAUACAGAUCUAUGCUCUAAGUGGGGUACACAGUGUCAGGUUGGCGGGGAGGAUUUCCUUGAUUUCGCCGUUCUGAAGAACGACAGCAUGGCGAUCAGCUAUCCACGCACAGACCUGCCGGGCGUGUCCACUGUUUUCUCCGCAGGCACUCUAGGCAGUCCUACCCUGAAAACAGGCACCGACAUCGUUGAAAAGGCGAAGUCUUUCCGGCUGGAUUACUACCUGCGCACGGACUCUCCAUCAGACGACAAGCUGAGCGAAAAGUGGGAACUGGCGGUUUUGUCCUACAUGGAAAAAUUCAAAUCGAACUUUAUCAACGUUUGCUACUCAACGUCAGAGGCUCUACAGUCGGAGCUGGCCGCCCUGACAACACGCGUCAUCCCUCUGUUCUCCAUCACCUUCACGGUCCUCAUCACCUUCUCCAUCCUCUCCUGUAUGAUGCUGGACAUGGUCCGCACCAAGCCGUGGCUGGGCAUGCUCGGCGUCUUGUCCGCAGGCAUGGCCAUCGUGGCGUCCAUGGGGCUGUGUCUGUACUGCGGAGUCAAGUUCAACAGUGUGGUGGCCUCCAUGCCAUUUCUAGCACUGGGGAUCGGUGUGGACGACUUGUUCGUCAUGCUGGCAGCCUGGAGGAAGACCCAUCCCGGAGGCAGCGUGGAGGAGCGGAUGGGAGAGACGUACGCGGAGGCUGCGGUCUCCAUCACCAUAACAACCGUCACGGACGGACUGGCCUUCGGGAUCGGCGCCAUCACCCCCAUCCCGGCAGUCCGCGCUUUCUGCAUCUUCACGCUAACGGCAGUGCUUUUUGAUUAUCUGUUCCAGAUCACCUUCUUCGGCGCCUGUAUGGUGUACAUAGGGCAUCGCGAGAAGGGCAACCGCCACGCCACAACGUGCAUACGGGUACCCACUCCGGAGGAAGCCAAGGACAGGUCCGGCUGCUUCCGCGCCAUGUGCACGGGGAACGCGAUGGCGGGAGUGGACGGGAAUGGGGAGUACCACGGUAGUGACCACGCUGUCAUGGUCUUUUUCAGGAAGUAUUUCGGUCCCUUCAUCACCAAAUGGUGGGUCAAAGCUAGCGUACUGCUAAUCUACGGCGCGUACCUGGGCUGUGCUAUCUGGGGAUGCACGCAGGUGCGACAGGGGAUAAGGCUCAGUAGGCUUGCGGCAGACGACUCAUACGUGGUCGACUUUUACAAUAAACAAGAUCAGUACUACGGGGAAUACGGCCCGAGAGUAGCUGUCAUCAUCACCCAGCCUCUUAACUAUUGGGAGGAAAGCACAAGAGACCAGGUAGAAAAGCUUCUUGCCAAAUUUGAGGACACCGACUAUACGUUUAACAAAACUGAGUCGGAGUCGUGGUUGCGCGACUACCUCGCUUUCGUCAACCAAUAUUCAGGCGUCAUACCCGGCCUGAGCGCUGCCACCAAGUCCUCCUUCCUCUCAAAUCUGUCAGAUCCGUUUCUAAAGAAUACCGCCUUUGAGAGGUAUUCGCUGGAUAUAGAAUUUAAUGGAGAUAAAAGUGCCAUUGUGUCCUCUCGCUUUUUCGUACAGACCAAAAACAUAGAUAAUUCAGACCGAGAGCAAGCCAUGAUGCUAAAGAUGCGAGAGAUAGCAGACUCUAUGUCUAUAAAAACAAUGGUAUACCACCCCACUUUCAUAUUUUUUGACCAGUACAUAACCAUUUUACCUAACACCCUGCAGAACCUGGGGAUCGCCACAGCCACCAUGUUCGUGGUAGCCCUUGUCCUUGUGCCCCACCCCGUCUGCUCCAUCUGGGUGACCCUGUCCAUCGCGUCCAUCUGCACGGGGGUGGUGGGGUACAUGACCUUCUGGGACGUCAAUCUAGACGCCAUUUCCAUGAUCAACAUCAUCAUGUGUAUCGGCUUUUCUGUCGACUUCUCUGCUCACGUCACUUAUGCCUUCGUAUCGUGCGAGGAUAAGAACCGCAACGCCCGAGCGGUGUUUGCCCUGUACAGCUUGGGCAUGCCCAUUCUCCAGGGUGCCCUCUCUACUAUACUCGGGGUGUCAGCUUUAUCCACUUCUGUGUCUUACAUCUUCCGCACGUUUUUCAAGACGAUGUUCCUGGUAAUUCUUCUGGGUGCUCUGCAUGGGCUGGUCAUCCUCCCCGUGGUGCUGACAUUACUCGGCCCGCCCUGCUGUCAGAAACGUAACAAGGGUCCUAAAUCUGACCGGGUCCAUACCCAAGUCAACCCGGGUCAUACAAAAGAUACGCCCACCCAUCAACCCCACAAUCGAGAACCGCCCCAACAGUACAAGAAUCAGCAACCACAGGGGUACCAAAUGCCGUCUAUUCAUUCUCCCCAAUACAUGGGGGCGAACAACCCACUCAACGACACGAAGAUGUCGACGUACCUACAGCAUCUAAACGCGACGUCGACAGGUCGAAGGGCGCCGGGGGCGAGCGACUCCCCGAGGCACAACAUGUACAGCAGAGAACCUUCUCAAGGGCAGAUGCAGAAGGCUUGCAAAGAAGUCUCGGUCGUUUUCCGAAAGUGAACAGGACAGUUAUCAAUGCCUCAUCUGUAAAACUUGUAUCAGACAGGUCUUUUAAAACACGUUGAUAUCAAGCAUGUAUAUUUUCCGAACGGUGUCUGUUCAACCAAGCAGAUGUAGGGUUUUAGUCAGGCCUUAUCUCACGGUAUUCCAGUAUAAACUGCAUGUGUAUGUCUACGGUGUUAGGAGACUAUCAUUUUGUUUGGAUAAUUUUCAUGUGCAGAUUUCAAAUACAAUAGUAUAGAGAGGAUUUUUUUCAAAGGCUAUUACCCAGUGGGACAUAUAGGCUGGUAAAACACCCAUUGGUCGGUCCGUUGAGAAUGGUUACCAGGCUAUAAAUGUAUGGACAGUUGCGGAAGCUGCUGUCGGUCCAACCGAUCACUUUAAAAUGAAAAGACGAAAGCGACAAUAAAAUUCAUGAAAGAAAACGUUUUGCUAUGACUGAAAUAUCAGCUGCUACCAUAGCAAGGACACAUACAAUGUGAUACCGUAUUUGAACCACAUUGGAAUCUCGAGUUUAAGCCACCUGGGAGCAUGACAUAUAUACAUAUCAUAUUUGUACGUAUCAUAUUUGACCGUCUAAUCAAUUUUUUUUUAAGUUGAUGUUUUGCUUGGUGGUUAUGGCUCAAGAUGCUUGAACGAAAUGUGGCCUAAGGAGUCAAAUUUUCUUGGAAACAAUAAGGUCUAUCUGAGAAAGGACGUAAUGUAUAUAACGUCUAUGAUCUGAGUCAUCCAUGUGUUAGGUUGCCAUAGCGUAUUAUAUCAUGCAUCGACGGAUGCGUGACAAGACCGAUGUUGCUGGUCUUAUUAUGUCAGCAUUAUGUAAAACAUACCCGAAGGUCUGCCUUUUGUUUGCAAGGACAGUUGUCAUCUGCAGGUCGGCUUUGUCAAGUGUGAUGUUACUCUGUUUAUCAUCAAGGAAAGAGGAAAAUAGCGUCCUAUGAAUAAUGAUUAUCCGUCUUGGGUGUUUAUCUUAUCAAUACUGAUAUAUAAAAGACUAUUUUCAACACUUUCAUUUCUUAUUGUUUGUUCAUGGAGAAACAUUGUAACAGAAACACGCCUACUUUGAUUGAGAUGAUUUGUCAUUGAAUGCGUCAUAUAGUAUCGUUAAUUAUACGAUUGUUUGUUGGUGAAUAAAUACAUGCUGACGUUA